AUGUUACGACAAGAUAUGGAGACGUAUCUCGGCUCCAUCGUUCAUGUCCUUGACGGAGGUUACAUUCGACUGAUUCAUUCAACUGCAUGCAGAUAUAUCAUAGAGAACAGACAUAUCGUCGAGAAGCAGGUUCAGUGCCAGUUGACCACUAUGUGCCUCAGAUACUUGACCCUUCCAUGCUUCACCCGGGAUACCAACUACCGAGAGCACCAUAGAAGCGAGCAGGCGAAACUGGGCUGGUUCUCUUUCCAGGAUUAUGCUUGUGCUCAUUGGCUCCAUCACACUGACACCUUGAUCCAAGAGUGCGGUGAAGUCUUCACGACCGAAACUUUCCAAGACGUCGCAGCAGAUUUCACAUCUGCUUUGAAGAAUUUUAUCGAUACCCACCGCGCAGACCUGACUACAACCAAGCACAAUGAGUUGGUUGAAGAGCAGAUAGAGAAGUUCAUCGACUUGGAAAUUUACGACGAUCUUCAUUUGCUGUGGAAUCACAUAUACACUCACCAGCGAGGUGAUUAUGCGACACGAAACACCGUUGGCAUCAAGAAGAUUGAGGAUGGGCUCAAGGAUAAUAGAACACAACUGGAAAUUCUUCUUGUCAACCAAAAAGUCGGGGAUGAGGAUACUGCUGAGGACUAUUAUGGCUCAAAGCCCUAUAAGUGCGAUCGCACACUCUGUCGCUUCUUCCAUGUCGGCUACAAUAACGCACGCGACCGAGAUAAUCACGGAAAGCGGCAUGAAAGGCCUUUUCAAUGCCCCGUAUCCUGCAAUGCUGCUCCUCUUGGUUUCGGACCGACAUGUCAAUAUAUAUCAUGCGGAACUAAGCGAAAGGCCCCCCAUAUUCGAGACCUUGAGCCGUCGACAGGUCUCUGGGGAAUUCGUUUGUCAGAUUUGUAA